AGGCUACACUCACAACCCGUAUAAUGGAGUGGUUUGCAACGACACUAUACUUGCCACGGGAGUGUUCUCGUCCAAAGAGUUGUGGAGGCUCUCAAAAGCCUCCAUAAUGCAAGGCCCAAAUGGCAUGCAGCCUCCAGUCAAUGCAAUAAAACUGGAAAACCCCAGUUACUACUGCAAUAGCUAUACUCCUCCAGCUACUGACCACACUGCAAUGAUGGCAUCUGGAGCUUACAGCCCACUGUCGCUGCCUCGCAGCUCACAGAGUCCAAGUGAGCCUCGUCACAAGCGACCACGCCGACUCAGCUCCACUGAAGAUGACAUGGAGCUUGGCCCUCGUGACAAGGGCAGCGAGGUGGCCUACUAUGGCCAGAGCCCAGCGUCACUCUCCAGCCAGACCAGCUGGCACUCAGAUGUCGACCACGGUUCACCCCACCUGGUGCAUGAAGGGAAGGUUGUGACGCCAGACACACCCCUCAGGCCCCUCACCGCGUCCACUACUAAUGAGGAACCUCCUUUAUCUAGCGAUGUGCACCCCAGUCAGGAAGGUCUCCCCCAACAACACAGUUCUGUCACUUCCAUCUCCUCCUCCAGUCUGGGUGGAGGUGGGAGUGGCAGCGGGAGCACAUCAGCCAACUACUACCAGCAGACACCUACAGGGCCAGGCCCGGCUGGAGAUCAUUCGCAACACAGCCCGUCAAAAUACCCUGAGAAUGGGCAUGAUACCUUGUCUGAUUUUGUGACAUUUGUGUGCCAGGAAGCAGAGAACACGCAGCAAGGAUCCCAGUCUCAACCAGGUCCUUCACGCAGCCCUUCCAAACUGUCACAAUACUACCCAAGCUCCAUGCUGCCUCCUCCACCGCCUCCACCUAUGGCGAGGCCUGUUGCCAUUAUUCGCUCUACAGGUGAGCUCACUGUUACAACUGCCAACUCGCCACCUGCCUCGAGCACUCCUCCGAUGGGUGGCGAAGGAUCUCCGCGUGACAGUAGGGCUCCAGGUUCUGGUGCUCUCAGUCCAUCACCUCCAGCUAGCUCAUCAGCAGCUCCCUCUGAAGUAGCUCCAACCAGUCGCACUGUAGUUACUAGCCCUUUCUCUGUGAGGAGUGAAUAUGCUUUUACACAUAUUCACACUCAACCUGGUCAGCUCUUCAGCUAUCCGAGCAUUAGUCCUGUGGGUGCUAUGUCUGGAGUCAUUAGUCCCACCAACUUGAGCAUGUUUACAUCACCAGUGACAACACCACGUACUACACCUCGUAGUACACCCAUCCCUCGCUGGAACACCCCAUUCAUCAGUUUAGAUGAAGAUUACAAUAUGAUGACACCUCUUAUCUCAGGCAAUGGUUCAACAGCUGAACCUAAUACUGGCACACUAAUGGAUGAUGAUCGCUAUUUCAACACAGUGGUCCACACUAGUGAAGGCAUGGAUACAAGUCAGGGGAUUGGCUCCGGAGGUCCAGGUUCAAAUGGCAGUCACAGCUCCAACAGUGGGGCUCAGACACCACCUUCAAGGACAUCCAACCCUAGUUCUGCUCCAGCCACACCAGCCAAAUCGCAGUCAUCUUAAUUUGGACAUUUAGCAAUUUUAGGUUUUGCUCAAUAUGUUGUGUGUGUUGGCAUGGAUGGUGCCCUUGUAGAAACUAUAUCUGGCAAUCUUUCCCAAAUAAUUAUGUUGUUGCUCCCAGUAAAAGGUUUCUUUAACCUCUCUUCUCAGAGAGUGUUUAUAUGAUUUUUCUCUUUCUCUUAUGAUCUAUUCAAGCUUUUGUUUCUGUUCUUUUGAUUUUUUUGAUUACUACAAUAAUUUAAUCCACUGAAAAUUUCUGUAAUUUGUUUGUACAGUUUUCUUAUAAUUCUUACAUUUCUUCCUUAUUCAACCUUCCUGAUUUGAGCAUGGCAGUUUUGUAUAAGAUGAUUUGGGAAAUGAAUAUAAGAUGUGGAAUGCCAAACUUAGGGUACCGUAAUCUUGUCUUCGUUGUAUAUAUAUAAUUGUCUUUGUACAGUUCGGAGCUUGGUUUUACAGUUUUGUGUAGGGGAAUUCAUUGUUUUUCUUGUUACCAAAGACUAUUGGUAUGCUUAAUGGACACUUCCAUGAACUUAGUGGUGCAAAGAAGUGUUUUAUUGUUAUACGAAUUUUGUCAAUUCUCAUUUUUCUAAAAUUAUUUACCCUAUUAGAUGUUUACUCAAUUUUGUUGUUGUAUAGAAAUGCAUUUUAACUAGUUUGUUGGGAUUUAUACAAUUUAAUAUUUUUAGAACAGUUGAUGUGAUUAUUUGUGUAGCAUACACGGUUUAAGGCUUCUUACACCGAAGUGUGCACCACAUUAAUCAGUUUGACUUGCAUGGAUCGCAGUACCUUAAGCAAGUUGGUAACAAAAUAUACUGUCUGUAUAUUACAUUAACUGAAGUCUAUUUAUUAGAAAUGAUAAUUUUUGGUAUUUCUUUGGAUAUGUAAAUUUAACAUUUGUACAUUUACAAUUACCUGCUUCUAUGAUUGUUUUGAAUAGGUAUUUAAGUUUGUUAUUUUUAUAUACAUUACAUAUAUUUAUAUACGUGAAUGUAGUAUACACAGUGGUGUAUUUAGACUCCAGUCAAAUAGCUCUGGACCGAAGACAAAAGAUUUAAAAAAAUGAUUGGUGGAAUUACUAAUUUACUUUGUGGCAUCGACAAACAAAACAUUUUACAAAGCCGUUGAAAUUUCACUUAAAAAUGGUGAGUCUUAAAAUAUCUAACACAUAUCUGGAGUAAUGAAUUGUCUUUUAAUGUGAAGUUCCUUUUCAUUUCAUAUAAUUUUAAGUUGCCAGAAUGUAAUUAAAAAAAAUGUAUGAUUUCCAAGUUAAUUUUAUAUCAUUAAAAUCUGCUUGUUGGUUUAAUUAGUGCACUAUUAUUAAUUCAAAAAUUAAAUAUUAUCUUUGUUUUGUUAAAGAUAAUUAAUUUUGAAACAUUCUACUUAUUUUAAAGUAAGUCAUAAGAGAAAGCAUUAUAGUUUUCAUCAGUAUUAGAUGCUGUCUAAAUUGUAAGAAUUGUUAUCAAAAGUACACAUAAUAUUUCUAUGCCACAGAGAAUUGAUAAAUAAGAUUAGAUAAUAUGAAUUUGUUCUUGGUACAAAAGAUGCUUGAAAUUUGAUGGAUACAUCUUAAAUACACCACUGAAUAUACCCUAUCAAUCAGAUGCAAGUCAUGUAAAAUAGUAUGGUAUUUAUCAACUCAUGAGAUUUUUUAAAACAAGUGAACAAUUAUGCAUCCAGGCUCGUAGAGAAUGACUUAGAAGGGUUCCACACACACACAAGUGCUAGUCAAUGUAUACAUUGUCAGGAUGGGAUGCUAUUGUAGAGAUUGUCAAGUCUGUGAUAUGAAAACCUUGCACUCAGUACGAUAGCAGUAAAUUAUGCUAUUUGUUUUUGUGUGCUGCUCCCACUUUUCCAUUCACAGCCCAAUAGUACAGGCUUGCUCAAGAACAAUUUUAACAAAUUUAUUUAAUCUUAUUUUAUUUAAUUUUUAUUAAAAUUUGAUACAUUGUUUAACUUCAAUAUUGGCUAAGUGGUAGACAGCAGUCAAUGUUCUUGAAGAACCAGAUGUGUUACAGCAGAUUGCAAUGACAUCACUUGUAGCGAGUUAGAAAUAGCAAGUAGCAGGAUUUGUGACUUGCAUGAAGAUGAGAUAUUUCAUGCAAUUUGGCUCUAGUUUCUCUUGCCAAGUAAUAUACGAGAUGCCAUACAUUGGGAAUCUACAUUUACAUUAAAAGAUAGAAAGGGGAAAUUCUUCAUGCAUGUAAAAUAUAUACAUUGUUAUUAUUGCCAAUAAUAACAUAUUGUUUGUGCCAUCUGAGGAGUAAGAUUAAUAUUAUUAAGAGUAAUACUUAUGAUCAUAAAAUAAUAGUUUCUGUCAUAAAGACAGCAUUUUAGUUCAACUCUUGUCAUCUGAUACUAAAGGCAAUUUUUUAAAAAAAAUCACCUUGUGAUUUGAAGGUGGGGAAAGGAGUUUGCAUGCUCCAAUAUGUAGUGAACAUUGUUUAUAAUUGAUACAACCUAACUUAUUGCAUCUUCAGCUUUAAGAUAUUUCUAUACCCCGUUUAUGACGAGAACUUUAAAUUUAUCAGUCUGCUGAUAGUGCAUUAGCUAUAGUUUAAAGCAGGUCAAGUAGAAGGUUUUAGAUUAGAAAACAUGCACUUGAGUUCAGGCCACUAAUUAAAAAUGCACAUGUUAAUUAUCGGAACCUAUGAAACGGUCCCAGUCAUUUCUAUCUUACCAAAGAGAAUCAGCCGUCAUCCCAUGUUAGAAGCUUGUUGCAGAGGUACUAACCUUGACUAGCAUAGCAUAGUAAAUGGGGUUGGGUUAAGUCAUAGAAUUAUCUUCAUCUGGAAAGACUUUUUGAUAAAUAGUAACUUGUUAUAUAUUGUUACAUAUACCCAUUGUUGAUAAUAUUGCAAAUUAGUUGGUUGUUUCUUUAUUCAUAACUCUUAUAACAAAAGCUCAAUUAUUAAUGUAAAUAUACAAUAACCUUGUGACAAGGUAAGCUCUGAAGAUGGGUAGUGUCCCAAUUUUUAUAGGAAACCUUUUUAGCAUUUUUUUUAAAUGGAAAAAACACGAAUAUCUUCUGUGCAGUGUUGUAGAAAUUAACUUAGAAACAGACACCAACAUUAUAAUAUGCUGCUUAUUUUUAUAGGAUAUCAUUUUGCCACAUUUUGGCUGUGUUUGGUCUAUUAUAAAUAUAUGGACUGUGAAUCUAUAAACAAUUUAAACUCAUGUGGCCCAUUGUUCAUAAGAAAAUAAGGAUAUUAUUACUUUACUAGAAGUUUAGUCUUCCUAUAUGCAGGCAUUUCAUGCAGUAAUACAAGCUGCACCAUUAUAGCAGCGUAUUUACAAGAGUUAUUCUCUUUAAUAAGAAGUACUCAAGUCGGCCAAACCAAGGAAUGUUCUUACUAAGUAAAAAUUUAGCUGAGGUAGACUAUUGUUUUCAAAGUAGAAAGAUAAGGCCAGAAACUGGUUAUUCUUUCUUUAUAUAAAGCGGUGCACUUAUGUCUGACAGUCAUCUGUUCUCAUCAAGGUUCAGUGCUUAAAAUAUUAUCAAGAGAGAGCAAUUGGAAAGUGGCUCAACCUGUGCAAUGCUUGGUGACAUAAAUAUAGAUUGGAAAAAAUUCAGUGAAUUGUGUGCCACCACUUGUAGAAAUUGCAUUUCUACAAUGAAUUAAACUCAAAUUGCUAUGGCCUGUGCAUUGCUGAUGUCUUACCUGAGAUUUGUAGCAUGUAGUCUUUCUUUUGAAUAGACUAUGGAUAGCAUUAAAGGAAACAAAAUGUUGCCUUAAGUUGAUUGAAUUUUUAAUUUCUAGGUUAGCUAGAGUCAAUUGAAGAAUUUGAUAUGCCCAUUAUUGAGUUGAGUUUUGCUGUUUCAUCAUACAGAUUUCAAACUGUCAUCUUAUGACAGUUUGUACAAAGCAAUAACGUGUAACAUACCUGUAGUGCCUGAGACAGUACAGAUAACAACGGAAGCCAAGCCAUGCUGCUACCGGUGAUCCAUUUUUGGAUACUGUUGGUAGCCCAGUCAAGAUUUUUUUUGCAAGAAAAAUGAAAGUAGAAAUUGAUAAAUAUGAAUCAAAGUUGCACAGUUGGAAACAAUUGUACAGCACUUUGGAAUAUGUUCACUGCUCACUCCAACAGAGUGUGCUGUGUAUGUAUAUAUCUAGCUAAACAGAUUAUACAAGAAAUACAUAAAGGGCAUUGGUUACUAAUAACUAUUUGUAAAGGGUUGAAAAAUAUUGUGCUUUCAUAGUGAAUCAUCUACUAAUAUUGAUAAUAGUAUUAAUAAGUAUAAUGAAAAUAAUAGCUAAUAUUCUCUCAGCAUUCUACAUUGGCCAUGUAUUGCACCUGUGUCAGAGCAAGGUAAUUUGUUAUAGCUCUCGUAUUCUAUCCUUGUAACUGAUCUUAUUUAUUUUUUAUGAACGAUUUUUCAUCAACUUGCUGUAAAAAAAUAUACUUCCGUAGAGAAGAAAAAAGUUUUAAUUUUGUCUCUUUUUAUAGACAAUAUUUAUCUUGCUUUGACAAUUGAAUAUAUGAGAAAAUGAUCUUCAGAGAUAUGAAUAUGAACUCUAAACUGCCUAAAUAUAUAUUGCUAUUUACAUUGGUAACAUCCCUUCUUUGCAAAUUAGUCAUAACUUUUCUUCAUAUUUCUGCUUCUACAGUAGUAUAGCCAACAAUACAUUCAAAUCUUUCUGCCAAAUGUUUAUAAAUUCUGACUUGUAUAUAAAUAUCUUAGUGUGGUAUUUCUGUAUGCUAAUGUUUCUUUGAGACCUGUUACAACUAUUCCUGUCUCAAUUUGUCAUAAGUUCUGAUACUUGCCUAUAUCUCUGAGGACAUUCCAUUUCAUAUAUUUUCAUUUCACCUUUCAUAUUCUAAUUGUAAUUGGACAUAGUUAAUUGUCAUUACUGCAAGAAAUGUCCAAUGGUAUAUAUUAUCACUUAUGCUGUUGGUGUCUGAUACAGAGCCAAUGUAUUGUGUUCUGGGUACUGAAUAUUAUGUAACAUAUAUGCAAGUAGUGCAGGUUAUAGAUAAUAUCCUAACUGAAUUUAUAAGCUGUCAUCAGUUCUCAUUGCACUUUUCUCCAUAUUUCAUUUGGGAGAUCCUUGUAUCCUCUACUUUACUUGUUCUUAUUCUUACUCAAGUUUUACCCAUACUUAUGAACCUCAGCCAAGGGAGUGUUCCUCCAGGACUACAUAAUUUUGUUGAUACUAAAGCAUACAAGGUACUGAGUUUUAUGUAUUAGAUACUUUAGGAGAAAUGUUUUUCUUUGUAUGGAGGCAUGUUUAGUGUUGUCUGUGUUGGAUUACGUAAUGAAGCCACACAGCAACUUGUUUAAAUUAGACUAGUAUUAUUGGAAUCACUAGUAUUGCUAGUGUUUCCAAAGAGAUUGCAAUGGUUUUAUAUUAGGCCUUAAUAUAAUGGGAGACUGGGAUAUACUUGUUUGCCAAUUCAGAUGACGUUUUGACGGUACAAAUUGUCAUUGUGAUACUACUUUGUUUUAUAUUAAUCUGACUAUGUAAUGUAUUGUUUUGGUAGUGCAUUUGCCUUGGAUGGUAUAGCCAGAGACCAAUGUGUGAUUUGUUUUGUUUUUGUUGAUUAGUUCAGUUAGAGAAGUUGUAUGAUGUUUGUUGCACUAGAUCAACAUUUAAUCUGUUCUGCUUCUUUCAUUUUUAUUCAUUCCUAACAAAACCUUCACUUGUUACCCCCAGAGCGUGUCCAUUCUAACAUGACCCAACCCGCAUUACCAAUUUCUUUCUUCAUACACCUGAACAAUGUAAUAGAUGGCUCAAAGCCUGCAACAAGCAACUUGCAGUGGUCUCAUUCUAAUCUAAUAAAUAUUCGAGGAAGGGAGAAGGGAUCAGUGUUUUCUGAUUUCCUUAUACAGCUAAUGGGCAUAUGUGAUUUUUGUUGUGUCUAUUUUCCUCUUCACAGAUUACACUGAGACUACAGACAUUGUGUAAUUUAAAAAUGUUGUAGGCACUUACGAUAACUGUGUGAGGGAUUUGCAAUUUAUCCUGGGAAUCUAAUGUCUGCACAACUUGAAUAUCCUCUCUCUGUAUAUGCUACAAAAUGUUUACUUUUAAAUACCAGUUAUUUUCUUCAAUUGCAAUUAAUAAUUGAUAAAGUCAUACAAUUUAUUUCAAAAUGCCAAAUAUAUUUUGUUGUUUUAAAAAUAAUUCACAAGCAAGGUCUCAUUAGUCCAAGGUACUGACACAAGGUAGUUAUGCAAAUUAUACCCACCUGUACAAACUAUUAGUUACACAGAAAAGCAUAACAGGAACACUGUGGGACCAAGAGACCUAUAUACAGAACAAUUACUAAGUAGUAGAAAUAUUUAGGAACAGACAUUCAUCAUCAGUAUUCCUGGGUCUAAUAAUACGUUUUAGUCAGACUCAAAAUCUUCAGCAUAGCAUGUUGCCUUGGCAUAUAAAUUUAGAACUACCAAAUGAGAUUUCUUAAGGGCACUCUGUACACCCAUAGAUCUAGAAGAUGAUUAAAAGGGUAUCUUCAAAAAAUUUCAUUUUUCUAUAUAUAUAUAUAUUGUGAAGAUGCCUUGAGGAAAGUUUAAAUAGAGUGUGUUUGUACAUUUUGUGUGGUUGUGUUUCUUAUUAAUGACAGUUAUGCUCAUUAAGAGCAAUUUCAGUAUCUCAACAUUUUAGUUUGUACUGUAAGUUUUCUAGCUCAGUAUCGGUACCAUAAAAUUAAUUUUUUAAAGGAAAGCUUGAUAGUUUAAGUUCGUUAUUAUAUGUUGUUUUAGGCUCAUAUGAAAACAUCACCUAUUUCUGCUCAUAUCUGCAGGCUGGAUUUUGGGUAGAAAGUAAAUUUCAAGCUGAAAACUAAUUUUUAUGGCACAACAUGGGUAAGCAGUUUUGAAGUUUUUAGGGUGUAUGGAGCACCCUUGACUUGAACUAGAUUGUACGUGACUUCAUAUUUAUUGGAGAUUUCAUUGUUUUGUGUUUAUUUUGCAUUACACCAUAUCCAUUUCCCCCCAUGAAGCAUCAAAGCUUUGACAGGAUACAUAAUAGAUUUUGCAGGAAUUGUGGCUACUUUAUUGUAGUAUGUUGAACUGAAAUAAGAAUAAGUUGUGUGCUGGAAGAUCUCAUAAAAUGAGUUAAACACUUGUCAUGAAGUCUCAAAUUAAUAUCUACUUAAUAAGCAAGAAAUAACUUUAUUGCUGACAUGUACAUUGUGUUGUGUUAAUUUCUUCGAUACAAAGGACAUAAAAUACCAGAGGGUUUGUCUCUGUUGUUGAAAUCAUUAUGUGAUUUUAUUGAUUCAUUAUAGAAUACCAUGUUUUAGAGCAUGAGUUUUCAUUUGUUAUAAGCUAAGUUGUAUCAAUAUUUUGUUCUAUAAAUAUUAUACACAAUUCACUUCUGUUUUAAUGCCUUCUUGUGCUGUAAUGUGAAUUUUCUUAGUCCAACAGGUGGCAUAUGAUAACAAUGUUACUAAUUUGUGGCUGGUUUUCUUUGUUUGAAUAUCUGGGGGGAUGGAGAAUGUCACCAUGAUGAUAUUCUUCCUUUAUUUUCUUCGUAAAAUAGAUUCAUCCUUUUAUAUGAUAUUUGUAUAGUUUACAUACAAUACAUGCAAUGUAAUGAACACAUAUGUCAAGAAAAGGAUACAAUAUUGAAAAGGAUUUGCAAAUGUUUGUCCUAUGUAUAGUUGAUUGAAGUGAUUUUGUUAUGUUACCAUCUCCAAACCAGGGACUCUUUCCUUGAAAAUCAGUAUUUUUUAUAGAUUUUUGAGGGUAGUGUUCUGAAAAUCAUUGGAAAUUGUAUAAUAACAUAAAUUAUAUACUAUUGUUUUCAGACGUGUGUACCCUUUGCAAGUGAAAAAACAGUCGCUGAUUUUAUGUUGGAGAUGGUAACAAAACAGUAUUGCUUCUUUAUGUAUACUGGUCAUUUUGCAAAAAACAAAAAAAAAAACAACAAACAAACAAAAAAAGCUACAACAAAAAAAGCAACAAAAAAAUGAAAAACAAACAAACAAGCAAAAAAAGCAAAAACUAUUGAGGGUUAGUAAAUGAUGUAUAUCAAGUUUGGUUAAUGUUUGUAAAGUUCUUGAUUUGUUGGAAUUAAGUUUUUAAUGCAUCCAUACAUGAUUGAUUUUCUUGCGCAAGUUAUAUGUAUUUACCAAAUAAUUUAGCUUAUUAUGGAACUCAGUAAUUUGCAAACUUUGGUCAAACAAUUAUGAUGGUAAUAUGAUUCUCUCAUCACGUUGUAUGCCUGAUUUUAAUAUGAUUAUAAUGUCUUUAAGAUACUUUCACUGAUACAGAAUCUUGUUUGUUUGAUUCUGUUAAUGAAAGAUGAAUUUUAAAUACGAAAAGUCUAAAAUCUUACCAAGUAUUAUUUAUUUAAUACAAAUUAAUGGGCACAUUUAUAAUGAAUUAGAGACUGUGCAUGUAUUUACAUAUAUAAUAUGACAUCAAAGAAAAAUUAAUGCAAAAGUAGCAAUAAAUUUACAAAGGAAGAAUGCUCAUGUUAACUUUAAAUAUUUGUGUUUUUAUGGAGAAAUUCCUGCAUAGUAAGAUAACAUUAUAUUGCACGAUUCGAGAUUCUGGAGUGUCUGGGUAGGCAGUACUACUCAGAAGAAAGAGAAAGAAAAACUUUGAAUCAAAUGUAGAUAUGAAAACACUAUGCUCUGUGACUCCUGAAUUACCAUGCCUCUCAUUUGCUUGUAAAAUUGAAGAUUCUAUGGAACAUUUAAAUUUUGCUCAUCUUUGUUUAUCACAUAUGACUGAUUGGCGUUUUCUCAUCACUAUAUACGUACAUGUGUGAUAUUAUCUCAUGGAGUACAAAUAGGGGAGAAGUGGUUUGUUCCUGAUCUGUGUCAUGUGGUAACCUGAAUUCAUGCAAUGUCGAGCAUAUAUAAUAAAUUUUUAUUGCAGACCUGGAAGGUAACAAACUUUAUAAAUAAUAGUAUUGAUAAAUAAGGUCAAUAAAUAUGGUGGCGUGGUUGUGAUUGUCCCUUCAUUUAUUGCUCUUCAGAAUUUCUGUUUCAGAAUUAUUUGUUAUAACAAAAAUGAAGAAUUAUUAUAAAAAAAACUUCCAGUUAUACUUAAGAAUGCUUCAAAUGAAAAUAUUUUGAGUACGUAAUUUACAUUACAAUAAAACAUCACAACACAAGUCUUGCAAACCAUCAUACUUGUUUCAGAAUUAAAAGAAAGAACAAGCAAAAACAAACAAACAAAACACUUCAGUAUAUUAUUUGAACAUAAAUUAAAUAGUUUUACUCAAAACAUCAGAUCAAGUGCAUGACAUAUAACAUUAAAUAUCUAAGUUAUUACUGAAUAUCUGUUUGUUACUCAGAUUAAAGAACAAUUAACAAGGAAUAUUUACACAACACAAAUAUGUCACUUAUUCUCAUUAGUAAGUACGAGUCAUUAUGGACACUUUAGGAAGCACCUUUCUUGAAUUUGUUUUUGCUGCAGCUUCAUUUAUGGUAUUCAGUGGAUGACAAUUAUCAGUAGACUCUCAAGGAUUGUUGCUUACAUCAGUAAGAUUUUUGACAAUUGGACCCAAAACAGAGCCCACAUAUGAUUGCAAAGCUUCACAUUUUGCUUUUGUUUUCACAUCAUUCCAACUGCCCCAAAUAACUACUCCGUUGACAUCCAUGUUUUUAGGAGUUGCAAUAGAAGUAUACAGUGCUUCC